GCGCUGGGAGAAGCCGGGCUUGGCCCUGAUCCCAACAAUGGAGGGAGCCUACAGGUGUGUGGAGUGUAACCAGGAGGCCCGGGAGCUGUACCGGGAUUACAGCCGCGGCGUCAUCAAGAUAACCAUAUGUAAAUCGUGUCAGAAACCAGUUGACAAGUACAUUGAAUACGAUCCAGUUAUCAUUCUGAUUGAUGCAAUCUUAUGCAAAGUACAAGCUUAUAGGCAUAUAAUCCUAAAUAUCAAGGUUAAUAUCCAUUGGAAGUUGUGCACAUUCUGUUUGUUGUGUGAAGCAUACCUGAGAUGGUCACGAUUGCAGGAUUCACAUCAAACUCUUGAUCCCACGGAUAUUAUUCGUUAUGCCAAAGAGUGGGACUUCUAUCAAAUGUUUGGAUUAGCUAGUUUGGAACUAGCAGCAUUCCUUAGUGGGGUGUUUUUCUUCCUGUGGUUAACGAAAAAAGAUUUAAUCCGGAAAAAGACAAACCUCCACACAAUGCUGACAGCCUUACUGCUGUCUGGCUAUGGGAAACUACUUGUGAUCCCAGCUGUGAUCUGGGAACAUGACUACUCCCCUCUGUACAUCAACCUCAUUGAAUUCUUUGUGCUUAUUUCAAACUCUCAAGCUGUCAGAGUUGUUCUGAACAGUAGCAGGAAGUUUGCAUUAUCUGCCAUUCUCACUGGAUGGAUGGUGCAAUGGUGUGCUGCGUUCUUCUUCCAAAGCCUUGAAUGGCAAACCUAAGCAGGAAGGGGAUUUACAUAAGGAAACAUGGGAUGAAAUACGGGUCAUUUGGCUCAUUAAUCCUGUUCCAUCCAAUGGACCUUGUACUAUUAUAGACUCUUCCCAGUGUAUAGAAGAUCCUGAGAGAAGAUAAUGUGUAAAGUAUUCAGGAAGACGAGGGAUUGUGAAAUGUAUCUCGGAGGUAAUAAAGCAAUGACAGGAUUUCAAGUCUA